UUGUCAGCAACGAAAUCCUUUUCAGUGGUACACGGGAUUACUUUCGGCAAAUUAUACUAUCAAAUAUCGCAUGUGAACUGUAGAAACACAUGUACGGUCGAACCCGUUCCUCAGAACAGCGCAGUAAAGGUGUUGAGCGAUAAGCGGCGAUCCAGCGGAAUCUCAUUUACGGACCACCGACGGCUGCUGGAGGAGGCAAAUUGGAAACGUCACUAACACUCACCACGUCAGCCGGAAUCGUCGUCGUACACAGUUUGUCACACCAAUUUUUGGUCGGUCAACAAACGGCAGCGGAAUUGUGUGGACAGUUUUGUAGUUAUCGCAACCGUGUUCCUCUGCUAUAGAAAAUGGUACUCAUAGCGGCCGCAGUGUGUACGAAGGCUGGGAAAACAAUCGUUUCCCGGCAGUUUGUCGAAAUGACAAAGGCCCGCAUCGAGGGACUGCUGGCAGCCUUUCCUAAACUGAUGACAUCCGGUAAGCAGCACACCUUCGUCGAGACGGAUUCCGUGCGUUAUGUGUACCAGCCGCUGGAAAAGCUGUACAUGCUGCUCAUCACGACAAAGGCCAGCAACAUCCUGGAGGACCUCGAGACGCUUCGUCUGUUUUCAAAGGUCAUUCCCGAGUACUGCCGUUCGCUAGAGGAAAAGGAGAUAAUCGAGAAUGCGUUCGAUUUGAUCUUUGCCUUUGACGAGAUCGUCGCCCUCGGAUACCGGGAGAGCGUGAAUCUGGCACAGAUCAAAACGUUCGUCGAGAUGGACUCGCACGAGGAGAAGGUGUACCAGGCGGUACGGCAGACCCAGGAACGCGAAGCGAAGCAGAAGAUGCGCGAACGGGCUAAGGAACUGCAGCGCCAGCGAAUGGAGCAGAAGAAAAGCGGUCUCGGUGGACGCGGUGCCAUUGGUGGUACUGGUCCGGAAGGGUUUGGUAAUCGUUCCAUGGGCGGAGGUGGCAUAUCGAGCGACAGUAUUUCAUCGCUCAGCACACCUUCGGUCAACAUCGGAGAGAUUAAACCGAUGGCUGCGCCGGCAAAACCAAGUGCUCCAAGAAAUGCUCUCAAACUUGGUGGCAAGAAUCGCGAUGCCGAUACGUUCGUUGAUCAGCUGAAGAACGAGGGGGAGAAAGUUGUCACCGCACCGUUACCAACUGCGGCUUCGUCAGCUGCUGCAAAAGCCAAGCCGGUAUCCGACGUACCGAUGGAUGAUGUACAUCUGCGAAUGGAAGACAAGGUUGUGAUUCGCGUUGGGCGGGACGGUGGCUUGCAAUCGUUUGAGCUUUCGGGGCUCCUGACUUUGCGCAUCUCGGACGAAAAGUAUGGUCGCAUUAAGGUACAGCUAGACAACACCGAUCAGCGUGGUAUUCAGCUGCAGACACACCCGAAUGUGGACAAGGAACUGUUUCGCAAUCAGAAUCAGAUUGGAUUGAAAAAUCCGGCAAAACCAUUCCCACUGAACACAGACGUCGGUGUACUGAAGUGGCGCUACCAAACGCAGGACGAAUCGGCCGUUCCACUGACCAUCAACUGUUGGCCAUCGGAAAACGCGGAAGGUGGUUGCGAUGUUAACAUAGAAUACGAGCUGGAACAUACGCGGUUAGAGUUGCAGGAUGUUUGCAUCACGAUCCCGUUGCCCAUGGGAGUAGCACCUUCGAUAGCUGAAUGCGAUGGUGACUACAACCACGACUCGCGCAAGAAUGUGCUUCAGUGGAACUUACCGGUAAUCGAUGCUGCCAGUAAGCAGGGUUCGAUGGAGUUUAGCGUACCGAGUUCCAUUCCUGGAGACUUUUUCCCGCUCGAUAUAUCGUUCUCGUCGAAAAUUCCCUACGCAGAGCUGGCACCCGCAAAGGUACUGCUGGUGGACGAUGGUGCGGAAGUUAAAUUUUCCGCAGAAACUGUUUUCUACACGGAUAAGUUUGAAAUAGUGUAAACAUCAAACUCCAUCAUAUUGCGCUACGCCAACCGAAAGAGAGCGAAAGGGUAUUCUUAGCUUUCCAGUUUUUUUUUAUAUAUAUUCCCCAAACUACCCCUGCUAGUGCUAGGGAACAAAAAAUCAGCCUGUAAUUCAGCAAGGCUUAGAAAAUGGCUAAUUCUGUUGCUGUUCGCACGGUCUCGUGAUUCCGGCCAGUGUGUUUCGUCGCAAAGAGCCGGUCCAAUGCAUCGUGCUCCCCCCUUCUUCCUCGUCAUUGUUCUCUGUGAGUCUGCUGGGCUAGAAUAGUGCAAGAGAGCAGCACAUAAAAAUUCCACAAUACCCGAACAUACAUUUUCGUGCAAAUAUGUUAAUCCACGCAAGCAAAAUGGUGAAUAAACAAAUUGAAACUAUUAUAAGGUGAAA